AUGUCAUUUGGCCCAUUGCCAGGGAGAUUCAGCAAUGUGAGAUCAGAGCCAUAUGCUGGUGGAGCCUUGUCUUCCGGUGCAGAGACGGGCGAGGUUUGCCAGUUCUUUGUCAAGACAGGCUGGUGCAAAUGGGGUGAUGGAUGCAGACACGCCCACAUCCCGGGACCUGAUACUCCACAGGGAGGUCGGCCGGGUGGUCCGCCAGAUCCAUCGGAAGCCUGCAAAUUCUUUGCCAAGGCCGGCUGGUGCCAGUUUGGCGACAGCUGCAGGUAUCAACACCUCGCUGGCCCACAAAUGGGCGGCAAAGGCGAGGUUCAGCACGGCCUCGGGCCGAAAGAUCCCAGCGAAGCUUGCCAGUUCUUUGCAAAGGCCGGAUGGUGUAAAUAUGGGGACGCCUGUCGCUAUGCACAUGCGCUUUCGCCAGACAUGCAGCCACAACUGCAGCCGCAACCGACGGCGAAGUCCGGGGAGGUUUGCCAGUUUUUUGCUAAGUCAGGCUGGUGCAAGUACGGCGACCACUGCAGGCAUGAGCAUGUCGGCAUGGGUGGACCUCCAGUGCCUGGAGUUCCAGAUCACAUAGGAGCUGGCCCAGGAGACGCGAGAAGAUUCUAUGCCAAUGCCGGCUGGCACCCGAAUGGCGACACCACACAUCAGCACCCGCCUGCUAUGGGAUACGGAGGAUGCGGGCCCGGCUUUGGUCCCGGCUAUGGCUCCUUCGGCCCGCCGAGCGAGGCCCAGUUUUUACCCAAGGAGUUAUCUGCUGCAGAGGCAGAGGCUGCUGCUGCGGAGCUUAUCAAGUCACCUGGAAUGUUAAAAGCUGAGUCAAUAGGGCUUCAGCUUUCAGAUGAAGCAGUGAAAGCGCUUCUCACGAUUCCGUCUUCGCAUGCCUCUCAGCUCUUGGAAUCUGUCGCAGAGAAGCACACAACGCUUAGGGAUCCAUCAAAAUAUGUUGUCGCAACCAUCGCAAAGGGUUAUGUUCCCAAAGGGCCGCUGUAA